AUGGCCUCCAGCACUGGAAAUGAAAAGAGUGUGAAUCCUGUGCUCAGAAUAAGUCAACUUGAUGCUCUUGAACUAAACAAAGCCCUGGAACAAUUAGUGUGGUCCCAGUUUACCAGCUGUUUUCAUGGAUUUAAACCAGGGGUGUUGGCUCAUUUUGAACCAGAAGUAAAAGCAUUUUUAUGCCUUAUAUUAUGGAGAUUCACUGUCUAUUCCAAGAAUGCGACUGUGGGACAGGCUAUUCUGAAUAUUCAGUACAAGAAUAACUUAUCUCAGACAGAGAAAUACCAACCUCUGAGCAAACACCAGAAGUUAUGGUAUCUUAUUUUCACUGUUGGUGGAAGGUGGCUGGAAGAAAGAUGUUAUGAUUUAUUUAGCAAUCGUCAAGUGCAAUCUUUCUGCAAAAUUAAGCAUUUUAUUAACUUUGGAGCUGGACUUCUUAAACUUUGUGAACUUCUAAAUUUUCUGAUUUUUCUUCAGAAAGGAACAUUUGCAACGCUUACAGAACGCAUUCUAGGAAUUAGGUCAGUUUUUUGCAAGCCGCAAAGUGUUCGUGAGGUAGGAUUUGAAUACAUGAACAGGGAGCUCUUAUGGCAUGGCUUUGCUGAAUUUCUGAUCUACCUGCUCCCACUUAUUAAUGUACAGAAACUAAAACUUAAAAUUUCUUCUUGGUGUUUGCCUAUUGCAGAUCUUUCCAAUAGUGAGAACACAUUAGCAGCUCACUGCAAGGAAUGUUCACUAUGUGGGGAAUGGCCUACAAUGCCUCAUACCAUAGGCUGUUCACAUGUUUUUUGUUACUACUGUAUUAAAAGUAAUUAUUUACAUGAUAUGUAUUUUACAUGUCCUAAAUGUGGCUCAGAGGUACACAGGCUUCAGCCACUGAAAUAUAAAAUUGAAAUGACAGAAUUGCGUGUCUGAUAGGGGGUUCAUUUGUUUUGAUACGGUACAUGAAAUACUAUGUUGCAGAGAUUAAUGCAAAAAUUCAGAAGUUAUUGUAAACACCUUAAAAGAUGGUUUUGGAGACUGUAAUUUGUUGUAACAUAUGUCUUUACUGGUAUUUUUUUUAC